GGUGACGUCGCUCGGUGUUUAACCAUGGAGGAGAUAUAUGGUGGUGGGUGUUGUGGUCAUGUCAGAGAGGCUCUCUAGAGCAGCAGCAGGAGCAGGAGGAGGAGGACGGUAGCUCGCUGGCUCGCUGGCCAGCUCCUGACAGUUAGCCUUCCUCAGCUAGCAGCUGGAUGCUAAUAUUAGUAAAGGGACUAGACGCUGUUAUGAUGUUGUUAACGGUGUGUUAACCGGCUCCGGUGUGCCAGACCGGCUUCAGCUGUUGUCAGCGGUUACCAGGCAGCUCGUGUAUAGGCCUCGGUGGGGAUCUGGAGCACGGGUUCUUCGACAGCAUCCAUCCAUCCUGCUGCGGUCACAUCCACGUCCCUCCUCCACCGCCGAGCUCUCCUAAUAACACAGGGUAGAGGCGUUGCACCAGCUGUUUAAGGAUCAUAUCAUAUCGGGGGCACACAGAGCACAUCAAACCAGAUGAAACUAGGUCAGGCUGAAUCAAACCAGACCGAGUCCAGAUCGGAACGGAGCCGACCAGACUAAUCCAGACGAUACCCGGCCGGUCCAGGAGGCCUGUUACAGUUUCCUAUCCAGUCGAGGGCUCAAGAGUGGAUGGAAGGAGAUGAUUUUAACACAGAGGCUGUGAUGAACAUCUGUGAUGACCUGAUGGCAGACCAAAGGAUGGACAUCUCGUCUACAAUGACUGACUUCAUGUCCCCCGGGUCCACCGACCUUAUCUCCAGCUCCAUCAGCACACCCGGCAUGGACUACACCCGCAAGAGGAAGGGCAGCACUACCGAUUACCAAAUUGAUGGCUUCUCAUUUGAUGACAUGGACCCGGACAAAGAUAAACUGGGAAGUGACCAACAGGGCCGGAUUAAGAAUGCCAGAGAGGCUCACAGCCAGAUCGAGAAGCGUCGCAGGGACAAGAUGAACAGCUUCAUCGACGAGCUGGCGUCGCUGGUGCCCACCUGCAACGCCAUGUCCCGCAAACUAGACAAGCUGACGGUGCUGCGCAUGGCCGUCCAGCACAUGAAGACACUCAGAGGUGCAGCCAACCCGUACACAGAGGCCAACUACAAGCCUUCCUUCCUCUCCGAUGAUGAACUGAAGCACUUGAUACUAAGGGCUGCUGAUGGUUUCCUGUUCGUGGUCGGGUGUGACCGCGGAAAGAUCCUCUUUGUUUCCGAAUCCGUCUACAAGAUUCUCAACUACAGCCAGAACGACCUGAUCGGUCAGAGCCUGUUCGACUACCUUCACCCCAAGGACAUUGCCAAGGUCAAAGAGCAGCUGUCCUCUUCUGAUACGGCCCCACGAGAGAGGCUCAUCGAUGCUAAAACUGGUCUUCCAGUGAAGACCGACAUCACCCCCGGCCCGUCUAGACUCUGCUCCGGAGCCAGACGCUCGUUUUUCUGCAGGAUGAAGUGCAACAGGCCCUCCGUCAAAGUAGAGGAUAAAGACUUUCCCUCCACCUGCUCUAAGAAAAAAGCGGACCGUAAGAGCUUCUGCACCAUCCAUAGCACAGGCUACCUGAAGAGCUGGCCACCCACCAAGAUGGGUCUGGACGAGGACAACGAGCCCGACAAUGAGGGCUGCAACCUGAGCUGCCUGGUAGCCAUCGGCCGCCUGCACCCCCACAUCGUCCCCCAGCCCAGCCUGGCGGACAUCAGGGUGAAGCCCACGGAGUACGUCUCCCGACACGCCAUCGACGGCAAAUUUGUCUUCGUUGACCAGAGAGCCACAGCCAUCCUGGCCUACCUGCCUCAGGAGCUGCUGGGAACCUCCUUCUAUGAGUAUUUCCACCAGGACGACAUCGGCCACCUGGCAGAGUGUCACAGACAAGUGCUGCAGAUGAGAGAGAAGAUCAACACCAACUGUUACAAGUUCAAGAUCAAGGACGGCUCCUUCAUCACGCUGAGGAGCCGCUGGUUCAGCUUCAUGAACCCCUGGACCAAGGAGGUGGAGUACAUCGUCUCCACCAACACCGUGGUGUCGUGUCCCAUGAUGGAAGGAUCCGACUACCCUCAGUCUGCUGCCUCGCCACAGAGCAUGGACAGUGUUCUCACCUCAGAAGCUGGUGGAGGAAGGCGGGCGCUGCAGACGGUCCCCGGCAUCCCCGGCGGCACCAGAGCGGGAGCCGGCAAAAUCGGACGCAUGAUCGCGGAGGAAGUGAUGGAGAUCCAGAGGAUUCGAGGCUCCUCCCCCUCCAGCUGUGGCUCCAGCCCUCUGAACAUCACCAGCACCCCCCCACCUGACACCUGCUCCCCAGGGGGCAAGAAGAUUCAGAACGGAGGGACCCCCGACCUGCCGAGCACAGGGAUCAUUCCUGGACCGGACUCCGUAGGCUACCCCUACUCCAACCAGUCCAUCAUGAGUGACAACUCCCACCUGAGUAUAGACAUCAUGGACGAGCCCGGUUCCAGCAGCCCCAGCAACGACGAGGCGGCCAUGGCGGUCAUCAUGUCCCUGCUGGAGGCGGACGCCGGCCUGGGCGGCCCCGUCGACUUCAGCGACCUGCCCUGGCCUUUGUGAGGAGAGAGAGAGAGAGAGAGAGAGAGAGAGAGAGAGAGAGAGAGAGAGAGAGAGAGAGAGAGAGAGAGAGAGAGAGAGAGAGAGAGAGAGACCACUGAUGGACAGAGUUCAGUCCGCUCGGAUUCUGGCUGCCCUCUGUACACAAUCGCACUGCAAAAAGUUGUAUUCUAAUAGAAAGGGCUGUAGAUACUGAAGAUUUUCUCCUACAAGUACUACACACAGCAGAGCAGAGGCUCUCACCGCUGUUCACAUUUCACUGCUACUUUCAUUCAUCAUUCCCUGAAAGGUGGACAAGCGACCUCUGGAUUUCAUUGGGGUUUUUCUAGAAAUACCUUGAUCCUUUUUGCAGUGUUGCCACGGUGAGAGACCGGUAUAAAGGGGACCCCCUGUUACAGGUGUAGACUGAUGGACUGAACUCUUGUCUACUGGUGGCUUUGGGCCCGUCAGCCAGCGGUCAGCCAACGCGGGACUCCUGACACGUUCACAGACACUGGGUGAACUCUGAUGUUGGGUGGGGGAACGCUUGAUUUCUGCCUCCUGCCGCAACACGUUCUCGUAGGAUGUCGACGGGGGAACAAACACGUCUGUUUUAGCCAGCUGAUCUCCAACAGUUCUCGUCCUCCUCCUUUAUUCCCCAAGCCACAAGACGCCACGAGCAGGUCUAUUUCACUUCAUUAUAAUAAUGACAGGAAAAGCCUCCCAGCUGCUGUUUCCUCAACUAACAUGAUCUCUGUUUUCUACAAGCUACUCUAAAGCUCGUCCUCACUAAAUUAUAUUCUCCCAGAAUGAUUUCUCCUGAGUUUAAAGCUCCGUUUUUAAACAUAAAAGAAUAUUAAAAACAUUUUAAAGCUGUCCAAAAAUAAUACUCCUGAAGUUCAUGCGAGUGUCUUAGUAGAGGUCUUCACAAGUCCGUAAUGAUGGACCAGUCCAACACCUGACACGAUGUGCAUAAAUACAUGUUAUUAUUUCAACCACGUCCAAACUGAGACUGGACCCAAACAGCCAAACAGAGAGACAACGUCAGCAGCACGACGUUUAACACAAUCAGCAGGAGAAGCAACACGUUGUUCUAGGAGCUUCCACGCGUCAUCGGUUACUGCUCCGGCUCCUUCUGCUGGACCACCAGUCCCAGUCCCACAUUACAUUCUCUACGGUACGACCGAGUGUUAGGGCCACAGUGAGGGGAAAAAAAAAAUCUGAGAUUUCGAGAAUAAAGUCAUAGGUUUACGAGAAAAAAGUCGGAAUAUUAUGAGAAUAAAGUCAUAAAUUUACGAGAAAAAAAGUUGUAAUAUUAUGAGAAUAAAGUCAUACGUCUAAGAGAAAAAUAGUCGUAGUAUU